ACCGGAAGUUAUGGGGGAUGCGCCGGUCCCCAGCAUGGCGGCUUGUCGGCCCUCCGGGUCGGUUGCUUCUGAGACUGCUGCUGCUCGGCUCCUGGCUGUACUGUGGGUCGUGUCAGUAACCACGGGACCUUGGGGAGCUGCCGCCGGCGGUGGCGAAGAGUCACUUAAGUGCGAGGACCUCAGAGUGGGACAAUAUAUUUGUAAAGAUCCAAAAAUAAAUGAUGCUACACAAGAACCAGUUAACUGUACAAACUACACAGCUCAUGUUCCAUGUUUUCCAGCACCUAACAUAACUUGUAAGGAUUCUGGUGGCAAUGAAACACAUUUUACUGGAAACGAAAUUGGUUUUCUCAAGCCCAUAUCUUGCCGAAAUGUAAAUGGCUAUUCAUACAAGGUGGCGGUUGCACUGUCUCUUUUUCUUGGAUGGUUGGGAGCAGAUCGAUUUUACCUUGGAUACCCUGCCUUGGGUUUGUUAAAGUUUUGCACUGUAGGAUUUUGUGGAAUUGGGAGCCUAAUUGAUUUCAUUCUUAUUUCAAUGCAGGGCCUGCCUUUACUGCCGUGUACCACUCCAGACAGCAUGCAGAGUUGGUGGAGAGUAUAAUAAACAUCAGAGAUAUUUUGCAAUUCACGGCUGACCCAUGCUGACCCUUUCUUUAAUUAAACCUUCCACUUGUGAAUGAAUCAUUUCUUCCAUUAAUUAAAAUAGGAUACACUUAUGUCUCUGUAAAGUAUGUGUCAAAAGAAAGCAUUCCACCUAAAAUAUAUACAGGAGGCGCUGACCACCGUGGAGAGUCAUCCAUCAUAAUCUGCUAAAAAGAUCAGCUCUGGAAUUAGAACGAGCACAAUCAUCUCUUAUGCCCUCCAAAAUACAAGUUGCAGCUUCUCACCCGAUCCGUCAGCUCCUGUGUUAAUAUAGGGAGUAAAGCAUAGUGUGAAGCCGUAAGAGGACCGUUUAUUUUGUAGGGCAGGGCAGGCGGCCCCAGCGCUCCGGUAAUGCCAUCAUCUCUAAUAACUGCUUGGAGCCUGUGCUCUCUGGAGACGUGUCUCUUGAUUGUUAGAGCUGGAAGGCAGCGGAAUCUCACUGUUGCGAGGCUCAACAAUUGCUCCUGCAAUUCCUCCGAAAGCCAAGAGGAUGACUGAGAAAUCUGACGGCGCUGUUUAGGUGGACAAAGCAAGUUCGUGUUCCCACUCACCCCCACCGUCUCCUUCUGGAAGAAGUGGGCUGCAGAAAUCGAUUUGCAGUCUUUAGCUCCAGGAAAUAGUGAGCCCAGGCAGCCACUGUUCAAAAUAUUUUGCCUCAGAGGAAACUCUGCACUCUCCAAACUCCAAAGACCUCGAUGAAGUACAUAAGUUAUGUUUAAAAAUCACCACUGGGGAUUCUCCAGGCAAGAUGAAAAGGAAAGAAGGAUAAAGCAUUGAGAAACUCAAAGUGCCUCAGGUCCUCUAAAAACAAGUUUUAAAUAUCUCGCAAGAUUUCAAAUGCAGCAAUUUUUGAGAAAGCGCGACAUUGUAAAGCCUGUUCUCUCGGUGAAGUGUCAGGCUCCAUAAGAGUAGGAAUGAUAAACACUCUUCCUGCAUAUUUAGGAGGCUGUUUCAGAAGACGCCAAGUGAUUGCUAAAACAGUCGUGCAAUUUAGUGUGUUUUAGUACCACAAUUUUCUGUCCAAUACUAAUUGCUCUUUUAUUUUUCCUUCAAUUAAUCCUGUAAGGCGGGUGCAAAAAUAUAGGAAUGAUAAGGACAUUUGCCAUCAUUGGGGCUAUUUCCAAUGGUGAAAGGAAGGCCUGGAAAGGUGAAGUGACUUGUCCAAGGCCAAGGGCAGGUUCAUGGCAGAGCCAGGGCUCCCAACUAUGUCUCCUCUCUCACAGUCCUGGGCUCUUUCCCCUGUGUUUCUAAUGAGGACUGAGUCAAGGGUGAUUUAUUCCCCCAGCACAGUGCUAGGUACAGUGCCUGUGGAUUGAUUAAUGCGUUGAUUCCCACAGAAUAAGAGAUUUGAGAUUACUUGACAAAUCUCUCAAGUACUCAGGAAAAAAAAAAAUCAAUAGUUUUUCUUUGACUUCAAGUCCAAGUUAUUUGGAGUAUUUCAGAGGUACUUUUCUCCUGCCUUCAAUACUUCUCUGAUACUCACUGGCUUGUCUCCUGCGUCAAGAUAUAUCAGAAUGAAAAGAGGAGGUAUAUGAGAGAUUUAACAAUUAGUGGAAAUGGACCAUAACACUGGAGAAUUAAUUGUUCACAUGGUAUAGAAUAGUGAUUAAGAACAUUGACUCUGGAGUCAAGUUGCCCUGGGUUCAAAUGCUAGCUUUGACAUUUAGAAGAUGUGUAGUCUAAGAUCACUGAUUGCGGGCUUUUUAAAUCCCGGGGCCUCAGUUUUCUCCUCUGUAAAAUGGAAAUUUUAGCACCUACUUUACAGGCUUGACUCAAGGAUAAAUUUUAAAAUCUGGCUCCCUUUAUAUGUGUGAUUUAAUGACAUAUUCAAACAGUAACAUUAGAACAAGAGCUAUGAAAAAAUUAGACCAUUAAAUUUGCUUUAUAUUGAUUGAAGCCCUAAUACUAGGUCAUUUUUGAGAGAAGAGCAUCCUUGUGCUAUUUGGUGAUGUUAUUUCCUCUCUCUCGGCCCCCACUCCACACCACCCUAGUUUAAAUGCCCAGGUCCCUUGUCUGCAUAACUGCAAUAGCCUCCUCUCUGCUGCUUGUCUCUUUCUCUUUUUAUCUCCGAUCUAGUUCUUCUUGAGUAACCAUUUAAAGACACAUAUUUGGCCAUAUCAUGCUCUAACCGAAAAGCCUUCGGGGAUUCCUGUGGCUUACACAAUAAAGCAGUACAGACUGGUCCCAACCCCCUAUUGUAACUCAUUCCUACCAGCAUCAUCCCCACACCCCACGUUCUAACCAAACAGGACUACUCACUGUUCCCUCAACGCCCCAUGUACUAAUACACCUCUGUGCCUUUGCUCAUGAUGUGCUCUUGGCCUGAAACCAUCUUUUCCCACUUCAUCACCUACUAAAUUCCUGGUCAUCCACCAAAGCCCAGCUACAAUUUCACCUCUUCAAUUAAGCCUUUCCUUACUCCACUCCCCUCCUGGCAAAAUUAAUUACUCCUUGCUCUGUGUGCGAUGCCACUUUGUUCUUAUCUCACAAAUAGCAUUUACUGCAUUAAAUUAUAUUUUGUUGUAUAUGUGUCUGUCCCCAGCGAAACCUGGAUUAGCAAACAUUCGAAACCAUUCCCUCCUUCCAAACCCAUGACUCUUUUCCCCACUAAGAUCAAGUGCUGCCUAGAAUUGUUUUUAACUAGUGCUCUGAGCAGCCCCUCUAAAUCCCUGAGUUGACACCAGAGUGAAACAGAUUUGCAACCUGUAGCUAAAGUAUGAUGGCCAUGAGUACAGGACCAUGUCUGUUUAUCUCUCUACCUCUAGUACCUAGUGCAAUACCUAGUACUUAAUAAAUGUUUGUUAAGUACAUGAAAGCAAGGAACCACAGCAAUGUACUAUUUAUUAGAUGUGAACGCUUAGGAACAAUUCUGGGUGCUGAGAGUGUAGAGUCAGACAUAGAUUGUUAGUACUUGACACCACACUUCAUAUCCUAGACUUGGGGACAUGGAAAUGUAAAUUCUGUCUGUAAAAGGAGCUCAGAUUUGGGAAAUUGUUACAAAGUAAUUCAAAACUCUUUUAUACACACAGACACGCUUGCUUGGUAGACAAUGUACCUUUUUAAUAUCAUAUGAACUUAUCAGCCAUGAGGUAGAAUACUUAUCUUCUUCAUCCUUCUUCACCAAAUAUUCCAAAUAAGUCUUUAUAUCUAGUUUUAUAAUGUGAGUUAACAGGAAAGUAAGAUUUAUUUUAUAGAAAUUAUAAUAAUUAUUAUUGUUAAUAAUAGCAAACAUUUACUGGCUCCUCAGUAUGUACCAGGCACUGUCUUAGCUGCUCGAUAUGUAUUAGGUCAUUUGAUCUACACAACAGUGCUAUGAGGUUGGUGAUUAUCUUCAUUUUGCAGAUGAGAAAACAGAGUCUCAGAGAGGUUAAGUCAAUUGCAUGACAUUUCACAUCUAGUAAAUAACAGAAGUGAGAUUCAAACCAAGAUGUGCCAAAUUUCAGAAACCAUACCUUAACCGUCAUGUUAUAUCUCAUGAGAACCCACACUGCAUCUUGUAUUAGUCAGCUUUUUCACAAUAAUGCUGUAUAACAAUCACCUCAAAACUCAGUGGCUUAAAACAGCAAGCAUUUAUUCUCAUGCUCAAAGGUCUGCAGAUCAACUGAUUCAGCUGAGUUAGGCUGAGCUCAGCUGGGAGGGUCUGUGAAUUUAGCUUACAUUUGCUCCAUAUUUUUUAUUUUGGACUCCAGACAGUAGUUACCCAGGGUAUCUCAUGGCAGGUGACCAGUGCAAAAGACUGAAGCUAAAUGGAGGAAAGCACAAUGUUUUUCAUGUCCACAAACAUUUCAGUGGCCAAAGCAACCCAACAUCAAUGGGGGAGGAAAGUGAAGACCCAUGAUGGAAUGUUGAAGGGAGUAAAUAUUUACUACUAAUAAUACCUAGUAUCACACGGUACCUUCAUUUAUUUUUUAAAAAGGUCUUGGCUACUUAAUCUUUUGCAGUUAGGCAGGUAUUUCAUUUUUGCCUCUGAGCAAUGACACAAAGUUCAAAAGCUGCUGCUGAAGGCUUCAGCCCUUCUAGUCUUUACGUAGUUGUGUGUGAGUACUAAAAUGCUGACCUUUGAACUCUUUAGAAUGGCACCGUUGUUGGCAGAUUGAAAAUCCACACUUUUCUUCACCUGAUUCUUUGCCAAGUUCAUGAAGGUGUUUAUAUAUUUUUUAAAACCUUCCAAUAAAUCUUUGAUUUCCUCAAGAGUAAUGUAUUUUCAGAAAUCUAGAAGUUCUUGUGAACAGCUCUUAUACAGGCUCAGAAUAAGGUUACAGAGUUUCAGAGCAGCUUAGAGGGCACUUAGUUCAACUUUCUCAUUUUACAGAUGAGGAAACAAAUAGUUUCAGUGUCAAACUUCCAAUUAUUGCAUACUGUGAGCUGCAUUUUUUUUCUCAUAUAAGGAAAGCAAUGAGAAAAAUCUCGGGGGCAACCUUUGCACGUCAUGCUGCAACUGUAAUUCUGUAACGGGGACCUCCAUUCAGUUUAUUUUAUGAGAACCCUCAUGACUUUGCUCACUAUAUGACCAUGACCAACUUCCCUGAUUGCCUAUGAAAAACAAAAAUCAAGUUUUUCCCUUUCUCUUUAUAAUCUUGGGGACCUUCUGCUUUGAGAGCCAGCAGAAUAAGCUGAGAGACACCUGGUCACCUGCUCCAGUAUCCUGAAGACGAGAGCUGUUUUCCACAAGGGAGAGAGACAGAGAGGCACCACGCCCAGUUUUCCAGGAAGGGAAUUAUGACUAUUUUUCCGGGCCAAACACUUUCAAUAUUUAGCUAAUAUUCUCUGCUAUUAAACCAGUACAUUUAGAAGGGAGAGUAUGCUGGGGUGAGGAUGGGAGUGAAGAUUAGAAAACUCUAAGGUGAAAAGUACAGUUGAUUAAAUAAGUAUUGAUGGAAUGAAUACAUGCUAUGGGCCAAAUCUGGUGCUAGGGACUAGGGUGAUGAUGUAAACAAGACAGAAAAAGGUCCUGUGUUCAGGAUGCUUCCAGUCUAGCUUGGACAUGUAACUAAAGUGCUAUCAAAGCAAAAGUAUAGGGUAUCAUGGGAGGGUAUAAUGCAGCAUUUAGCUGAGUGUAUGUAAGGAGGGGCUGAGACACAGUCAGAGAAGGUGUCCCUGCGUAAAUGAUGUUUCCCUAAUAGAGUCUUUAGGGGGCUGAGGUCAAGAGCUCUCCAGAAAGAGUAUAGAGCAUGUGCAAAGGCCUAACAGAACUGAGAAAUAGCUAAGGAAGCCACAGCUUAGCCGGGGAGGGGAGACCAAUAUGAGAUUAAUAUAAGCCCCCCAAGCAGUUGGGUGGGGACUUAUAGGACAAGAAUAGAGUACAGAACUUUAUUCUAAGGGUAAAGAGAAGACAUUAAAAGUAAUGUAAAGACAUUAAAGUAGGGGAAUGACAUGAUAAUAGGAUUUUCAUUUUUAAAAGGAACACUUUGGCUGUAGUGACAAGAAUAAAUUGGAGAUGGGGGAAAGAGAGAAUUGGGGAAUGUAAGAAAAUUACAUGGAGAACAAAAUAAGAAUCUGGAGCUGAUUCCAAAUACUCAGCCCAGGUUGGCUGCAGAUGACGUAGAGUGAAGAGUUGGGCUGAAUGUGUACUCGUGUGUGUACGUGUGCCUGUUUGUAGAUCACACAGAGCAUGAUGAAGGUCCUCUCUUCUCCCCAAAGUCACCCACAACUUCUAGAUAGCUCAGGAAUUGGAUCACUCAUUCGGUGUUUGAAACUGUCUCCAGAACAUGCUGGCGAAAGGACAAGAAUGGCUUUAGAGUUAAAGCUGGCACACUGGACACAUAUACUUAACUCCCUUUCUUCCUGAAACCCACUAACCCAGAGCAAUGAGGAUGGAAGAGGCAAAAACAGCAAAACCUGUGAAGGGCUGGUGACUGUGCUAGCAGACAAGGCAGAAAAAGCCACCUGCAAAGCCUCUUGUGGGGAGACCCCCAGAGGGACUUGGGGACAGAGAGCAUGGGCAGGAACUGGUGCUUCUGGGAUCUCUGGAAGUGAGAGUAAAGGUGGGGCUGGAGCAGGAGGUUUGGCAGAAAGGGUGUAGAAGCAGGUAGUUUCCCUUGCCUCCACUCCCACUCUCCCCAUGCCAUGCAGUCACUUGACUUCCUCAGCAGUAAAUGACAGCAGAGAUUUAUUUCCCAGAGACGGUAAACAGGGGAUUUCUGAACUGGGGAUGCAGGGAGAGUCGAGGUAUGGGAGAUCACUGUGCUGAAAACAGAGAGAUUCAAGGAAUAUUGAUGGGCUGACUGAAUAUUUGGACUCCAGCCGUCUUCCCUCACUCAGCUUCCAGAGCACAGCAGCCAGACAUAUAUUCUGUAAGAAGGGGAUUGAAGAGUCUUCGCUGGACAUCUGACCAGUCCAGGAGAAAAGGUCCACAUGGAGGGUUCCCUAGGAAACAGUCUAGUCAUAUAACCCCCCCAGUGCCAAGUUGGGAAAGUUCUGGGAGAGAUCUCAAGAAAAUGAAAUCAAUAAUUACUAAUGUGUUUUUACACAACUGGGGCAGAAUUUAGAUUUGAUUAAGGAUAAGGUCAUUAAAACCCAAGCAAGGGAAAAAACAAGCCAAUUAUUCACUCUAGGUAGAAAAAAUGUGCAGGAAAGGAAAAAUAUUUUUGAUAUCCUACACAAAUUAGCUGCCUGCAGCAUUUACACAGUCAUGGUGAUGGAAACAUUAGAUAUUGAUCUGAGUUACAACAUCACUAUAUUGGUCAGAUGGAACACUACGUGUGUGUGUGUGUGUGUGUGUGUGUGUGUGUGUGUGACCUAUAGAGAGCUAAGUCCCCAUCUUGUAUGUCGGGAAGACAAUAGAUAACUUCUAUAAUUGAAAUAUCAUGUAGCAACAUAAAUCUGUUAUUUGGAAACUUAUAGUUAAAUAUUAACAGAAUCAGAGAAGUUGAAAGAGAUUGUCUUUGGAGAGUGUGCAAUGGAGGUGGGAAGCAUUGCAUGGCUUGUUAACUCCUAUUUUUCAUAAUAAGCCAUAUAAAAAUAGUUGACUCCUUCAUAUAUGUAUAAUGUUAAUGAAAAUAAACAUUAAAUUUAAAGAGGAAGGCCUCCCUGGUGGCACAGUGGUUAAGAAUCUGCCUGCCAAUGCAGGGGACAUGGGUUUGGGCCCUGGUCCGGGAAGAUUCCACACACCGCAGAGCAACUAAGCCCGUGUGCCACAACUACUGAGCCUGCGCUCUAGAGCCCGUGAGCCACAACUACUGAAGCCCAUGUGCCUAGAGCCCGUGCUCUGCAACAAGAGAAGCCACCGCAAUGAGAAGCCCACGCACCUCAACGAAGAGUGGCCCCUGCUCGCUGCAACUAGAGAAAGCCCGCACGCAGCAAUGAAGACCCAACACAGCCAAAAAUAAAAUUAAUUAAUUAAUUAAAUUUAAAAAAUAAAGAGGAAAAGAAAAAAGUAGUUAUGCUAAUAUAUCCCAUUAUUGGCUUUUUUUUUUUUUGGUACUCCCUUCUGGAUUUGACCGCAGUACCAAGUACACAUAGCUGUUGCUUUACCUUGUGUUAUGGGUUGAGCUGGGUCCCCCAAAUGAUGUAGAAGACCUAAUGUAAAUUACUUCAGAAUGAGCCCUUAUUUGGAGAUAGGGUCUUUACAGAGGCAACCAAGUUAAAGUAAGGUCAUUAGGGUAGGCCCUAAUCUAAAAUGACUGGUGUUCCUAUAAAAUGGGGAAAUUUGGACACAGAGACAGAUGCACACACAGGGAGAAUGCCAUGUGAAGUUGAAGGUAGAGAUCUGGGUGAUGUAUCUACAAGCCAAGGAACACCAAAGGUUGCCCUCAGAAGCUAGAGAAGAGGCAUGGAACAGAGUUUCCCUAACAGCCCUCUGAAGGAGCCAACCCUGCUGACACCUUGAUAUUGUGCUUCUAGCCUCCAGAACUGUGACAAAACACAGCUCUGUUGUCUAAGCCACCCAAUCUGUGGUACUUUGUUAUGGGAGCCCUAGGAAGUAACACACAUGGCAUGCUAUAGCUCAAUUCUGUGGACUCAAUAAAGGGAGGGACUAUGUUUCUGAAUCUUCCACUGAAAGGAGGAGAAAAGGAAGGGAGGAAAGAAAAGAGGGAGGAAAGGAAGAAGAGAUGGGCCAAAAUGUGCCUAGAUCAACCUUGACUCCAGCCGGAAAAUCUUCCUUUGAGCAAGAGAGGUUAUACUUCUGUCUCUAAUUCUUUUAUAACUGGAAUAUACAUAUGUAUAAUAUUUGUAUUGAAAAAUAAAUAAAUACAAACAUACACACAUACCAAAGAAAAAUGGAAAAGAAAAUGUUUCUCCUCAAUUCUUCAAAAUCUCCAAAUGGGAGAAUAACUAACUGGUAAUGUUGAGAUGAAUAAAGUACAUUGAGGUCAAUAAAGGAUUAAUAGAUUGUAUUUUAAUUUGCUGAUUUUUCCUAACAAAGUAA